AUGGAACAUAUAAAUACACGGAGUGCUCAGGGGGUUUGUCAUGAAAAAGAUAAAGUCUGUGCACAGCUGUUGCAGGACCACCAUGCGAUUCCGGUUUAUAUCCCUGACAGCCUUGCUGAAAGCCACUACAACGGAUUCUCCAAUACAAUCCUAUGGCCACUUUUACAUUACCACCCAGGAGAGUUUGUCUUCGACGAAGGCCACUGGCAAUCCUACCAGGAGGUAAACCGUAUCUUUGCACAGGUUAUUGCAGAGCGGCUUCAAGACAAUGACAUCAUCUGGAUUCACGACUAUCACCUCAUGCUGCUGCCAGGUUUGCUCAGGCAGGAAAUAGAUCGCCGGAAGAAGCGAGCUAAAAUAGGCUUCUUUUUGCAUACUCCAUUUCCAAGCAGUGAACUUUAUAGAAUCCUACCUGUACGACAAGAGAUCUUGCGUGGCGUCCUGGGGUCCGAUCUUAUUGGGUUCCAUACGUACAACUACGCAAGACAUUUCCUGCGGAGCUGCUUCCGGAUCCUCGACCUCAGAGGCAGUUUAGAUGGAAUUACCGUUCCAGGACGGACAGUCCACGUGAGGGCCUUCCCCAUUGGUAUCGAUCCAGACGAGUUUUCCACUAGUCUCGAGUCAACAGCAGUUCAGGAAAGGCUUCGCGACCUACAAAACAGCUUCAAAGGCCAGAAGCUAGUGGUCGGAGUUGACAGGCUUGAUUAUGUAAAGGGCAUACCUCACAAGCUCCACGCCUUUGAACGCUUUCUCUCCAACCAUCCGGAGUGGAUAGGGAAAGUGACACUACUUCAAUUAGCAGUCCCAACACGACCAGAUGUUGAGGACUAUCAGGACUUAAGGGCUGUUGUAAACGAAUUAGUUGGGGCCAUCAAUGGCAAAUUUGGGACUGUUGAGUACGUACCCGUUCAUUUCAUGCAUAAGUCACUGGACUUCACCGAACUCGUUGCACUGUACGCAGUCUCGGAUAUAUGUAUUGUGACAUCCACACGAGAUGGCAUGAACCUCGUUGCUCUCGAAUACAUUGCUGCCCGAAGUGGUAAUCCUGGGACGUUGAUUUUGUCGGAGUUUGCAGGCACAGCACAGAGCCUGCCUGGUAGCCUCCUAGUCAACCCAUGGGACACAGAGCAGGUUGCUGAGGCAUUUUCUACUGCACUUGCAAUGGAUCAGUCCACGCAGGAAUCCAACUUUUGUUUUCUUCACCAAUAUGUGUCUAAGCAUACGUGGUAA